GCCAGCGGUAUUCUCCUCGUACUGUUAUGACACAUAUACAGUGUGGAUGUUGAGGGAAGUCUGGGAAAAGCUCCCCACCCACUGUGCGCUGACUGAGGUAUGUUGUCAAACAGGUAAAGUCUCUCUGACAGAGGGAAGAAGCGCUGUGGGGAUUUUGUCAGUUGCUAAUCAGCCAGGUCACAGAGCAGAGAAAAGAAGAUUCCUGAGACACUUUAUCAUACAGUUCACUCCAAAUUUCCUGGUCCGGGGAGCAUUUUAGUUUCUAGGCAAGAUGCCAGGACUUGCUGAAAUAUGCUUUUGCAUGCUGUCCCUGUUUCCUCUGGCAUGGGCAAGAUGCAUCAACAAUGGCGACAAUGUUUUUAUCUAUGAGAAAUCUGCGGACUCGUUCCUGUCUCGCUCACUGCUGUACAACAGCUGGGACUUUGAGCUGGUAACGCCAGGCGACCUGGAGAGAGAGUGCAACGAGGAGAUCUGUUCCUAUGAGGAGGCCAGAGAAGUGUUUGAGGAUGACAAAAAGACGGCCACUUUUUGGCAGACGUAUAAACAUAAUACUGGAACUUCUCGCCGUGUGGAUUUGCCUGGUCUGGUGUCUGGAAUUUUGGCAGCUGUGAUCAUAGUUGCUAUAGCUGUUGUGCUCGGCUGCUACUGUUACAAGAACCGUGGUAAAAGCGCAAGACAAAGGGGCAGUGUUCCGGUGCAAAUGCCAGCAGACACUCGUCCAGCGCCAGAGAUGGUACCUUUGUCUAAUAUUGAGGCUCCAGGUUUGCCGUCCUACAAUGAAGCCCUGGACCGCAGCGGGCAGUAUGAUGGCCCUCCACCGCCCUACUCAGGGGAGACGCCAUCUGCACCUCCAGAAUCCCAGAACGAGGAGUGAGAUUCAGAAAACAGCUGAUGAAAUUCUGCUCUAGCAGGAAACUUCGGGGCACUGGGGUGGUGAUAUAAGGGGAUUUGUAUGUAGACCUACUUUUAGAUAUUUUAAUGCAUGUAAUUGUUGUAAAGACAAAGAAACAUAAACAGCAACGGCUGUAUUUCAAUCCACCAUGGACUAUUUAUUCUCUUUUUGUCAGCACAUUGUAGUUUUCUAUAUUUAAUGUCAUUCUAUUUUCCUUGAACAGCUGAUUUUUUUAAUAAAUCCUUUUUUUGUUGUUGCUUUUGA